AUGACCAAGCCCUUCACAACUCGAAUGGUAGGUUGUGUUUACUCACAUGAGAUCUGGAAAAGGUUAGAUGAUCAUUUUUCUUCACAAAUUAGAGCAAGAAUAAUUCAGCUAAAGAACAAACUGAGCACAAUCAAAAUAGGAAAUUCAGUAAGUGAACAUGUGUUAGCUUUAAAAGGGACAAUUGAUGCAUUAGCUUCUGUAGGAGAACCAAUGAGGGAGAGUGACCAUGUCAAUGCAAUCUUGAAUGGCUUGACUGAGGAAUAUGGCAUGGUAAUUACCUCUGUGGUUGCAAGACCAGUAAGUAUCACUGUUGGAAAACUGGAAUCACUCCUAUUAACUCAUGAAAGCAUGUUGGAGAGGUUUAAAAAGUCAGAUUUGUUUAUGCAAGCAAACGUAGCACACAACACACAAGGAUACUCGCAAAACUUUAAUGCAAGAGGUGGAUUUAAAGGUGGUUCUCGAGGUGGUGGCCGAAACAUGAGAGGUGGAAAAGGCUUCUAUAAUGAAAGUGGACAGACUGGUACACAGUAUUACAGUUCAAGGUCUCAAGGAGGGAACAAGUUCAGUGGCAAUAGCUCAAGUAACAACAAUAACAACGAAAAUUCAAGACAAUUCAACAAUGCAAGACCUAUUUGUCAAGUGUGUGAUAAGCCUGGAUACACUGCCAAGAAUUGUUGGUACAUGUAUAAGAGGAAUAAUGAGUCAAGAACACAAUACAAUAGGUCACAUCCGCUGUAA